AUGUCACAAGAACCUGGGAGAAUCACCAAGUUCAUCCAGUCCACCUUUGGGUUCAGGAAAACCACCCUGACGGCAUUGGUGAUUGUUUCUUACAUUGCUACCAUCCUUCUUAAUUUGUACUUCGAUAAGGUCUCCCUCACUCCCCCAGAGCCUGCUCCCCGGAUACUGAGCACCGCGUGGCUAGACCUGCAAACCAUAUCGACCCAUUUCCAUCCUUACACGUCCCACGCCAACGACGACGUUCAUGACUAUCUGCUGGAGAGAAUCUCCACCAUUUGCACAAGAAAGAGCUAUAUGGAGGUUGAUGACGAUUAUGACAAGGUAAAGUUCAUGGUGAACCAGCAGGACGUUUUUGACCCAGAGUCUCUUGCAAACAGAAUCAUUUACUUUGAGAGCGGCAACAUUGUGGUGAAAAUUGAAGGCAAAAGCCCCGCCUUGCCCGGUGUUCUGGUUAGCUCCCAUUACGACUCUGUUCCGACGGCCUAUGGUGCCACCGACGACGGAAUGGGCGUGGCUUCCAUGUUGGGCAUCCUCGAACAUUACUCUUCAGAUGAGGCUGACCAGCCUGAACGUACCAUCAUAUUCAAUUUCAACAACGACGAGGAGUUUGGGCUGUUGGGAGCAGAAGCGUUCAUGAGACACAAAUGGGCCAAACUUGUGAAAUACUUCGUCAAUUUGGAGGGAACGGGAGCGGGAGGAAAGGCGAUUUUGUUUAGGAGUACUGACGUUGGAGUACUCAGCUACUACUCGGCCGCAAGCAGACCGUUUGCCAACUCUUUGUUCCAAGAGGGUUUCCAGAGCGGUCUCAUCAGGUCCCAGACAGACUACAAAGUCUACGCUGAAAAUGGUUUCCGCGGAGUAGACAUUGCCUUCUACAAGCCAAGGUCUUUAUACCACACUUUACGGGACUCAAUCACAGGCACCUCUCUGGGCUCGCUGUGGCACAUGGAGGUCAAUGCCCUGAACCUCAUUGACGCUUUGGCGAACGAAAACACACAAAUCAGCGACGAUACUUCCCAGGCGGUGUUCUUUGACAUUCUCGGCAAGUUCUUCUUCUACUGUUCUGUCAACACGCUUUACAUUCUGGACAUCUUCAUUGUGAGCAUUGUGCCAAUAGUCACCAUCGUUUGUGUGCUCAUUGUUGCCAGAAGGGGAACUUGGUAUGUUGAGUUCGGCAGAGGCUGGUUGAGGUACCCAAUUAGUCUAAUAGCAUCCUACGCAUUGACUACAUUUGUCUCCAAAUACCUCUAUCUCAAUGAUCCGAUCCUGCUCUCAAACGACUAUAUCUCUCCGUUAUUGGCCCUGACAUCUUUGAAUCUCCUUUGCAACUACCUGAUCUUGAAUUUCCUUGCUUGGCUGCGGCCCAUCCACGACCAAAAACUGGUUUGCUUGCUUGAGUUGAAUAUGAUCUUGUGGAUCGGUGCAAUUUGGAUGACCAUGAAGGAGAAGCAGGAGCAAAAUGUUGCAGGCUACACUAUAACAAUUGUGCAUUUGCUGGUGUCUGUUUCGUCAGUUUUUGGACUGAUAGGGCUGAUAGUCAAAAGAAGAGCUCCUCGCUACAGAAGAACAAUGAAACCAAGAAUAUAUGGAUCAAACGAGGAGGAGCAGCCUCAUUCGGACAAUGAAAACAACUCUCCAGCAGAGACGAUUCCAGACUCCAACGACUCGGAAAGCCAGCCGUUGCUACCGGCAGAGAACUCAUCCAAUAACAACAAUUCCACCAUAGUGAUCAUAGAGCACGAGUCAGAGGAAACUUACAAGCAGAAACUCAAACAUGCAGCACUGCAGUCUUUCUCGUAUGACUGGUCCAUCCAAUUCCUUAUUCUUGUGCCAUUGUCCGUUUUUGUGAUCUACACAAACGGUGAAUUGGUUCUACAAGCCUUGAAUCAGACUGUACAGGAAUCCUCGUACUUCGGCAAGGUCACAAUGCAAAUUCUUGUUGGGGUGGCCGUUGGUCUUGGCAUUCCGGUGACACCAUUCAUCCACAAGCUCAAUUUCGCGCUGGUGCUUUUCUUCACUGCUGUCUUGCUGGUGUGCUCUACGGUGUCAUACUUCGAAAGCCCUUACUCUUACACUAACCCACUGAAGCUACGCUUUUUGCAGACUAUUGACGAGGCUUCAAAGGUUCCACUAGUCAACCUGUUCGGCCGCGCUGGCUACAUUGAGCCAAUGCUCCGUGAUCUUCCUUCGCUGAAGGAUAGCGGGAGCGCUAUCAGCUGCACUAUCAAUAAUGAACUCGGCACGGAGCGUUGUCAGUACGAGGGUCCUCGUCCCUACCUUUUGGACGGAACCAGUGCGGAUAACGAGUUUUCGCACUAUUUGAACAUUCAAGUCGUUAACAACUCGAACAAUGGCGACGUUGUGGACAACUUCAGCCCUGUGGAGGUGGAUUUCCUCAUUAACGUGCAAGACAACAGAAAUUGCAUUUUGCGGUUCAACUCGUCCAACUACGACUCGCUCAAGUCUCCUCAUUCAGAAAAGAUGGUCUCACCAGUCAAGAUGGUCACUCUGUACGUGGACGGAUACGAGUCCGUGCCGUUGUCUUCGGUUCCUUCCGGCUAUUCGACCGACGAGGCCGGCAACCAUCGGUUCAAGACGAUGAAAGGUAUUGACGAGAUCCAGCUCCACAAACUCAACUGGACGCAGCCAUACUACCACGUUGGUCUACAAUGGCUGCGCACUGCGUUUGAUGACGACGAGGACAUCGACAAAAGUAAACUAUUAGGGGUGUCUGUGUCAUGCUACUGGGGAGAGUACGACGAGGAGGUCCGUGUCGACGACCACAAGGUUCGCAAGGUCAGGGCUUUGGACGAGCUGAUACAGUACUCACCACGCCAUGUGGUGUACAGCAACCUGGAACGCGGACUGGUGGAGAUUAAUGCGCAUGUAAUUCUUUAG